AUGAAUGGCUCACUAGUGAUGACGAAAUCGCCAUUCGUUGAUGUACGGCUCUCAUUGGACCCGGUCACUCUAGAUGCGGGUCUGGGCAAACGAAAAGUACGAGCCAUUGAGGCUGAUGGAAACAUACUUUACGACGAAGAAAAGACGACCAACAACCACCUUACGGAGCAAUUGGAGAGAGUGUGGAACGAGUACCCGAAUGGCCUCCUCGAUAUCAAGGAGACCGAAUUGGAAGAAUCAGCACUUUUCGAGAGUGCAGUAAAAGAACGUGAAGAUGGAGACCCGGUUGAGAAAGAGAGGGACCCAUUCAAGAUGAUGAGCAGGAACGAAAUGGAUCAACUGCGAACGGACGUGCACGAAUCACUCAAUGCCGCUCGAAAUGAACUCUGGUUUGUUCUGGAGCUGGCGAAAACUCUUUCAGCAUCAUCAGGCUUUACAAAUCAAGCGCCUCCAACUCUCAAUCAAAAAGCAGCUACUCCGAAUGCCGGUCCAAAGAGGGGUAAAAACAAAGCUGCUGUAAGAGUAAACGAAGCGGAUGCCAAAUCUUCCUUACCCACGUCCAUCUCUAUGGAGCCUCCCGUUCUUCCUCCUGGAACCUUUUCGGUAACCCCCUCUUCAAUGCCAGUCAAGCCCACCUACACGCAAGUGCACGAAAUGGAGCUCGUCCUGGCAGCAAAGCAGCGAGCUCUAGAUGAAUGUUCAUCUCUCAUCGAUUCAGCGGUCUCUGAGUUACAAAUGAUGGCUGUUGCUAGCGAGAGGUUCUGGGAAGAUGUAGGAAUAUUGAGAAACGGAAAUGGUGGGACAAAUCGAUGGGCUGUUGUUCCAAAGCCUGACUUUGGCCGAACAAUGCAGGACGGGGAGAAAUCCAAAGACAUCAUCAUACCGUAUGCCAUUGACGAGGCUCCGCGAGCGAUAAGGGCACGAAGCCUUGCUGCUUUUGAUCUCGAUCCAACGAAGGAGGAUGCUCUAACUUUCGGUGCACGAUCUCACUUACGUUUGAGAGUAACACUCAAAGAUAUCUCCGGUGCGAUGGUGGGGUCCACGCCCGAUAGUAAAGAGACUGCACGUGAUGUUAAAACCCAGAUGGAAGUUGCCCAAAUGGAAGCAUUCGACGAGGAUCUUUUCAGUCAACUUCGAUAUGAAGCAUCUCGAUUGAAGAAGAGCGAAAUUGAUAUGCAAUCAAUAUCUUUGUCGGUGGCUGAGUAUACACUCACUUUCGAAUUGUUUGAUACUCGAAUUUCUACUUCAACGCCUGUCUCUCCUCUGUGUGAUGUUAUCGUAUCCUCAGCCCGCUUAAAUCUCAUCAACCUUCAUCGUCAUCGCAAAGCCAAGCUGGUCUCACCCAUUCACUCCGACUUAAAUGCCCCAAUUCUACUUUCUCCCAUCAUCCACGCAUUGAGUUAUCGCCAAUUGUGCAAUGUAGUUCACUCCACAUUCGAAAAUUUCGCUAAGACUUUCACUUCAGCCGGUCUGAUCAUCGUAACUGAUCGACGCAUGUCGGCUAGCGAAUCAUCGUCUGCAGCUAUUUACGACAUGUUGUUAGGGAGAGUGGACGCGGACACCCUAAGUGAAGUUCAUACUUUCCAAUUGAGCGGAUGCCCUGGCAUCCGAAUCUGCACUACUGCACCUUUCAAGACGAAUGUGAGGCUGAGCAACGCCAACUUUGAAGUUUCAAACCCCGCAGAGCUCUCUCAUAUUUUAUCCACGGAGCUUGCAACUCAGUUGCUUCGCUGGGUAACGUCGGAGAUCCGGAACAAAAUACCGGAUCAUUCGAUCUCAAGCAGUUUAUUUUUAGAUGAAUUGGAAGGAGUUAUGCACCUUGGCCAGAAAGGGUCUUUCAGAAUCUCGCUACCUCCUCCAUUUCAUUCCAUCCUGUGUAACGUUGUCUACUCAGGUGAAACAAACAUCUCAGGUAGUGACAGCUUAAAAUUGAACGGGUACGAUUCUCGUCUCGAUGGAGAUUUGCAUCAUUGGAUUGAUGAGGUGGUGCAAAUGCUCACUUUAUCUGGUACGUAA